CAUUCAUUCUUACUUAUGAAAUUCAGAACGGGUCUCCUAGCUGUCAUGGGCAUUCAAGGUGUAGUGGGGCAGAAAACAAAAAGUAAUCAUGUAAUAGAAGUACAACAGACACUUGGAAUUGAAGCUGCAAGAAAGGUUAUAAUUGACGAGAUUCAGUAUACCAUGUCAAGCCAUGGAAUGACCAUUGACAUACGUCAUAUGAAGCUAUUGGCAGAUUUAAUGACAUUUAAGGGUGAAGUCUUGGGAAUUACAAGGCAUGGCGUGCAGAAAAUGAGAGAUAGUGUGCUGAUGUUGGCUUCGUUUGAGAAGACUGCAGAUCACCUUUUCAAUGCAUCUGUACACGGGAGAGAGGAUAAGAUUGAAGGAGUAAGUGAAUGCAUCAUUAUGGGCAUACCAAUGCAAAUAGGCACGGGGAUGUUUAAACUCAGGCAAAGAGAAAAUGGGGAAAUUGCAGCAUUGGUUCCUAACCUAUUGUCCAGGUAUCAAUACGCUUCCCAACCUUUAAAAAGGAGCAAGCUGGCCAUCAGCCUUUCAUUAUAGUUGCCCAACCAGUCCUGAAUGACCAAAACUGUCCAACUUGUACGUCUACUUUCUUGGGUUACAUUCUAUUUCCAACUUGGGCUGGUGAUCAGAAAUUCGAAGUGAAGCAUAUUUCCAUGAGGGUGACUUGACGCCUUAAUGGAGAUUUGGAUGGAAAUAGCCCUUGUUUGACACACAUUAUAAUGAGAAUUUUCGGUAAAAUGUAUUAUGGAAUAGUAUU